UCCUCCGAAGCCGAAUAAAGUCAACAACCAAGGAGACUUGCUCAGAACGAAAACCAAUUAAAUUCAAAAGCUGCCCUUUCAAGGCAUGAUACAUGGAUGCUGCUUGGAAAUUUGUCAAUGGAGGGACAGAGUAGAAACCACUAAGAAACCAUUAUGCAUCAGUUGCCAAACAACUUGAGAGAUACUUUCUAGUCUAGAGGAGAGCAAUAAUAAUAAAUUUAGCUUACAGUUGGACGAUCCGCCAUGGCAAAGACCGUUCUGGUAACUGGUGGAGCUGGUUUUAUUGGAAGCCACACGGUGCUGCAGCUGCUAUUUGGGGGUUACAAUGCAGUGGUGGUGGACAAUCUCAACAAUUCCUCUGAUAUUGCCAUCAGAAGAGUCAAAGAACUCGCCGGCGAAUUUGGCAACAAUCUUUACUUUCAGCAGAUGGACCUUCGAGAUAAACCAGCGCUGCAAAAACUUUUUGCAGAAAGAAAGAUUGAUGCCGUGAUACACUUUGCUGGAUUGAAAGCCGUAGGUGAAAGCAUGAAGAAGCCAUUGCUGUAUUAUAACAACAAUCUCAUUGGAGCAAUCACCUUGUUGGAAGUAAUGGCCACCCAUGGAUGCAAAAAUCUUGUCUUUUCAUCAUCAGCUACUGUUUACGGAUGGCCAAAGGAGGUUCCAUGUACAGAAGAGUUUCCAGUGGCUGCAAUCAAUCCUUAUGGAAGAACCAAGCCUUUCAUUGAACAGAUUUGUCGAGACCUGCAACAUUCAGACCAAGAAUGGAAGAUCAUAUUGCUAAGAUAUUUUAACCCUGUUGGUGCACAUCCUAGUGGCUAUAUCGGAGAAGAUCCCCGUGGAACUCCAAACAAUCUCAUGCCAUACAUGCAGCAAGUUGCUGUUGGUAGGCGACCAGCCUUGACUGUUUUUGGAAAUGAUUAUUCCACCAAGGAUGGCACUGGUGUACGUGAUUAUAUCCAUGUUGUUGAUUUAGCAGAAGGUCACAUUGCUGCACUACAAAAACUAUCUGAUCCGAAAAUAGGCUGUGAGGUCUAUAAUUUAGGAACAGGGAAAGGAGCAUCAGUUUUGGAGAUUAUUGCAGCAUUUGAAAAGGCAUCUGGGAAGAAAAUUCCUCUUGUAAUGGCUGGAAGGCGACCCGGUGAUGGUGAAAUAGUUUAUGCUUCAACUGAAAAGGCAGAGCGUGAGCUGAACUGGAAGGCUAAAUACAACAUUGAAGACAUGUGCAGGGACCAGUGGAACUGGGCCAACAAGAACCCGAAUGGUUACCAAUCUCCUGAGAAUUAGGCUAAGAAUUUUUCGUGCUUUUGUCACCAGGUCUCCUGGUUUCUCGAGUCUUUUCAGAUUAAGGUUCUUAACUUUUGUUUUCUUUUUAGCACGAAGAAGCAUGGUUUAAAAUAAGAGAUCGCAAGUAUUGAAAUUCGAUUCAAAAUUUAUUAAAUGUUAUCUAUUAAGAAUAAAUAUAUAAAUCAACUAAGUUUCAGGUUCUU